AUGCUACUCAAGUUGUUCUUUUUAGUUGUUUUAGCUCCACUGCUGCUGGUACAGUGUUUGUACUCAACAUUCAGUGAUGAUGUUCUUGGCUUAAUAGUAUUCAAGGCAGGUCUUCAAGACCCCGAGUCUAAACUCUCGUCAUGGAAUGAAGAUGAUGAUAGUCCUUGUAACUGGGCUGGUGUCAAAUGUGACCCGAAUACCCAUCGGGUCACUGAAGUGGUUCUUGAUGGCUUCUCUUUAUCUGGGCACAUUGGUCGUGGCCUUUUAAGGCUACAAUUUCUUCAGGUUCUAUCUUUAGCUAAUAAUAAGUUCAAUGGGACUAUAAACCCUGAUCUUCCUCGACUCGGGGGUUUACAAGUUGUUGACUUGAGUAAUAAUAGUCUAUCAGGGUCAAUCCCUGAUGGGCUUUUUCAACAAUGUGGGUCAUUGAGGUCUGUUUCAUUUGCUAGGAAUGAUCUUACAGGGAUCAUUCCUGGUUCUUUGAGCUCUUGUAUGACAAUUUCAUUGGUUAACUUCUCGUCGAAUGGCCUUUCUGGUGAAUUGCCAUCUGGAUUAUGGUAUUUGAGAGGGCUACAGACUCUUGAUUUGUCCGAUAAUUUGUUGGAAGGAGAGAUUCCUAAAGGAAUUGCAAAUUUGUAUGAUUUGAGAGCCAUUAAUUUGAAAAGGAAUAGGUUCACUGGGCAGCUACCAGUGGAUAUUGGAGGUUGUCAGGUUUUGAAGCUGCUUGAUUUUAGUGAGAAUUCUUUGUCCGGUGGUCUUCCAGAGUCAUUGCAGAGGCUUAGUUCAUGUGCUACUGUUAGACUAGGAGGAAAUUCAUUCACAGGGGAAGUUCCUGGGUGGAUUGGGGAGUUGACAAAUCUUGAAAGUUUGGAUCUUUCUGCCAAUAGGUUUUCGGGUCGGAUUCCAGUUUCAAUUGGAAACCUCAAUGUAUUGAAGGAAUUGAAUCUCUCCAUGAACCAGCUUACUGGAGGAUUGCCUGAGUCGAUGACAAAUUGCCUUAACCUUUUGGCUAUAGAUGUUAGCCAUAAUCGGUUGACAGGUAGUCUUCCUUCAUGGAUUUUCAAGUCGGGGUUAAAAAGUGUUUCACUUUCCGGGAACAGACUCAAUGAGAGCAUACAACAUCCUUCAGGUGUAUCAUUGGCAGCCUCUCUUCAAGGUCUUCAGGUCCUGGAUCUAUCUUCAAAUGUCUUCUCUGGAGAAAUUCCAUCUGACAUAGGGGUUUUAAGCAGUUUGCUACACUUGAAUGUAUCAAGGAACCAACUAUUUGGUUCUAUUCCGUCGAGCAUAGGAGAAUUAGCAAUGAUACAAGCUCUGGAUUUGAGUGAUAAUAGGCUAACUGGAAGAGUUCCUUCUGAACUUGGAGGAGCAGUAUCACUCAUGGAACUGCGAUUGGAGAAGAACUUGCUAACUGGGAAAAUUCCCACUCAAAUCAAGAAUUGCUCAUCUCUAACGUCUUUAAUUCUAUCUUGGAACAACCUUACUGGUCCAAUUCCAGUAGCCAUUGCUAACCUAAGCAACCUUCAAUAUGUAGACUUAUCUUUCAACCGCUUAUCUGGAAGCUUGCCCAAAGAGCUGACUAAUCUUUCCCACCUUCUAUCCUUCAAUAUUUCCCAUAACAACCUACAAGGUGACCUUCCACUUGGGGGUUUCUUCAACACAAUCUCCCCGUCAUCUGUCUCUGGUAAUCCAUCCCUCUGUGGCUCUGUUGUCCACCGAUCUUGCCCUUCUGACCAUCAGAAGCCUAUUGUCCUGAAUCCCAACUCUUCUGGCUCCUCCAAUGGCACCUCUUUAAAUCGCCAUCACAGGAAGAUUGUACUCAGUAUCUCUGCCCUCAUUGCUAUUGGUGCAGCCGCUUGCAUUACCCUUGGUGUGGUAGCUGUUACUCUCCUCAAUAUACGUGUCCGGUCUUCUAUGGCACGUUCUGCAGCUGGUUUCACAUUUUCUGGCGGGGAGGAUUUCAGCUGUUCCCCGACUAAUGAUCCAAACUAUGGCAAGCUUGUCAUGUUUUCUGGUGAUGCUGAUUUUGUUGCUGGGGCUCAUGCAUUACUCAACAAAGACUCAGAACUUGGUCGCGGUGGGUUUGGAGUUGUUUACCGAACAAUACUUCGAGAUGGGCGUUCAGUUGCUAUAAAGAAGCUAACAGUUUCAAGUUUGAUCAAGUCCCAAGAUGAAUUUGAAAGGGAAGUGAAGAAACUUGGAAAGGUUAGGCAUCAUAAUCUGGUUGCACUGGAAGGUUAUUACUGGACUUCAUCCUUGCAACUCCUUAUUUAUGAAUAUGUAUCCAGUGGAAGUUUGUAUAAGCAUCUCCAUGAUGGACCAGAUAGGAACUACCUCUCCUGGCGACAUAGAUUCAACAUAAUUCUUGGAAUGGCUAGAGGUUUGGCCCAUUUGCAUCACAUGAACAUAAUUCACUACAAUUUAAAAUCUACCAAUAUUCUAAUAGAUGAUUCUGGUGAGCCAAAGGUGGGAGACUUUGGUCUGGCAAAGUUGUUGCCCACAUUAGACCGUUGCAUCUUAAGCAGCAAAAUCCAGAGUGCAUUAGGAUACAUGGCUCCUGAGUUUGCUUGUCGAACUGUGAAGAUAACUGAGAAAUGUGAUGUGUAUGGGUUUGGGGUCUUGGUUUUGGAGGUGGUGACAGGGAAGAGACCAGUGGAAUACAUGGAGGAUGAUGUGGUUGUGCUAUGUGAUAUGGUGAGAGGAGCACUAGAGGAUGGCAGAGUGGAGGAAUGCAUCGAUGGCAGACUUAGAGGAAAUUUUCCAGCAGAUGAGGCAAUUCCAGUAGUAAAACUUGGUUUGAUAUGUGCAUCCCAAGUGCCAUCAAAUCGGCCAGACAUGGAAGAAGUGGUCAAUAUUUUAGAGCUGAUCCAAUGUCCUGCAGAGGGCCAGGAAGAGUUGGAGUGA